GUGACCUGCAGCUCCAUGAAAGGACCAGGCUCCAGAUCAGGGAUCACCAUAGGAGUCUUGGUUCGAGAAUACAGCAAGCUCUCUAGUCUGGAGAAAUUCUACUUUGCUUUUCCUGGGGAAAUCCUAAUGAGGAUGCUGAAACUCAUCAUUUUGCCAUUAAUUAUAUCCAGCAUGAUUACAGGUGUAGCUGCGCUGGAUUCCAGUGUAUCCGGGAAAAUUGGUCUGCGUGCCGUCAUAUAUUAUUUCUGUACUACUGCCAUCGCUGUAAUUCUAGGCAUCGUGCUGGUGGUGAGCAUCAAGCCUGGUGUGUCCCAGAAAGUGGAUGAGAUUGACAGAACAGGCAGCAACCCAGAAGUCAGUACGGUGGACGCCAUGUUAGAUCUGAUCAGGAAUAUGUUCCCUGAGAAUCUUGUCCAAGCCUGUUUUCAGCAGUACAAAACCAAGCGUGAAGAAGUGAAUACUCCCAGUGAGCCAGGGACGAACAUGACAGAUGCACCUGUCACAGCCAUCAUGACAACUGCCGUUUCCAAGCCUGCGGGACUAACGGUUUCGGGGAGACGGGGUCUAACUCCUUCUGCACCGCUGUGUUUUGGCUGCAGCGUAACAGCCACGGCUGCCAGCAUCGGAGCUGCUGGGGUGCCCCAGGCCGGCCUGGUGACCAUGGUGAUCGUGCUGAGUGCUGUGGGGCUGCCCGCGGAGGAUGUGACCCUAAUCAUCGCCGUCGACUGGCUCCUGGACCGGUUCAGGACCAUGGUGAACGUCCUCGGUGACGCGUUUGGGACAGGCAUUGUGGAGAAGCUGUCUAAGAAGGAGUUAGAGCAGAUGGAUGUUUCAUCGGAAGUCAACAUCGUGAACCCCUUUGCCUUGGAAUCCACAAUCCUGGAUAACGAAGACUCAGAUACCAAGAAGUCCUACAUCAACGGAGGCUUCGCCGUAGACAAGUCUGACACCAUCUCGUUCACCCAGACCUCACAGUUCUAGGAUCCCUGGCUUCACAGGACCAGGAAUGAUGAAGGACAGCUCCAUGAGAGUCAUCUCUUAGCAAAUUCAAACAUUAAAUAAGAGAAGAACACUAAUGGCCAACUGUACAUUUGACUUGAUAUAUAGACUUCCAGAUUAUUUUCUAUAUUUGGAUUCACAGCUUUCACUCUCUGGGUUCUGGGAUUUGGGGGUGGGGUAACAUGGAAGAAAAUAGAUUAAAAGGAAAGCUGGAUCCAUGUCUGGAUUGUAAAAAUUCUAUGAGAGACGAAGUUUGGAAGUAGAUGGAGUAGUAACUGUUGAAUUAGGACAUGGAUAUGAAAGAAAAAUUGCUUUCUCAUACACAGUCCAGUGUUUUAGGUUUUUUUAAAAAAAAUACUCUUAUUGAUUACAAAUUUUUACUCAAGCUUUCUAUUGGCAUGGAUUUCCUUUGACCUCUCACAUUUUUCUAGAUUAUAAUGCAUAUAAACACCUCUCCCCCAUCAACGUGCCAAAUUGUCCAUUUUUAACUCAUCUCCAGCCAAUUUCAAAGUAACUGCUUUGAAAGAAAACAGACCAGCACAGUUCUGCAAUCAGAGUUUUAAGAUGGGUGUGGGGUUUUGUGGGAAGUGUUCUUUUUUCAAUGUACUGUAUUGGGACACUGGUAACUAGUAACCCAGUGUUCAGUAUAGAGCUAGCUAGAUAGAUAUAUGUGUAUAUAUUAUUUUCAUAUAAGUUGCCAGACAGAGAUCAGAAUUGAACUGUCAAUGUGAAAUAAAGAGCUCUCCUUGUACUUGAAUAAUAACUACGAUCUCAAUCCAGAUCUGCUUUGGGGCUUAUCCAUACUCCUGCCUCAUGAGCACGAGAAUGAAAAAUCAUGUUGUCUGAUUGUUCCACGUCUGUGUGUCAGCCUCAAAGCAGACAUGUCUUAUACUCCAAGGUGGCUUUGCCAUUCAUCUCCAACUCCCAGGCUCUACUGCUGGGAGGGAAUCCGUAUCAGCUCUGUGUAAGAUGGUAUACAAAGGUGUCACGCACAUAAGGCUGGAUGUGUUUUUAUCCAACUGGAAGGCUUCAUUCUUCCAAGGUCAAUUAUACCCACUUAAAAAUGACAGGACUUCGCCCUUUUGUACCUCUCAGGGCCCAAACCACAGUGGCAAUCUACCAGCUAAGUUGUAUUUGAACAUGGGUUUCAUGGACUGAACAAGUCACAUUGGCCAGAAGAAGCACGGUCCCUACCCUGGAUUCUUGCAGAGUUAAGUCCCACAAUAUGAGACAUUGGUUAUCAGUGGUUCAGGGAAAUUCUUCCAUUGUACGAAACUCGUCUCCUCAAGGGGGGAUUGUUCCAACUAGUAGUCUAGUCAUCUCGGCCCUGCUCCUUACCAUCCAUUUCCUGUCAUUCUUCUGCUAAUUUAUGAAGAUAGUUUAUUAAAAAUCUGUGCUUCCGAACAAUGAAUCAUGGAACACUUCAUCUAGAACUAAUGAUGUAAUGUAUGGGGAUUAACAUAAGAAUAAAAAUAAAUAAAUAAAUAAAUAAAAUAAAAAUCUGUGCUUCAGCUCUCUUGUAAAUAACACUUAACAUAAAAACUUGUAUUUACACCGAGAUCCAAAAUAGUCCCGUUUCUGCAGUAUUGAGUAGCCAAUUUCAGCCUGUGCUUCAGUAUUUAAGAAACCAGACACUGUGCCAAAGAUCAUGGGAAAGUAAAUAAAUGUUCACUAUUGACCACCCAUACCUGAAAUCUAGAAGAGAAUGGUACUGGAUUGUCGUGCAAACACCAUAAAUAUGGACCAGUGAUUGAAUGUGAGUUUUAAAAUGCAGAUAUCGAUGGUGUGCAUUGGAAGUUGAUCUAAAUGUCGACGCAGUUGAAUCCAUCAUUUGUCAUGGGCUGAAAUGUCUUACCCCCUUGGCCUUGGCUCAGAUCUGAGGCACGAGAGUUGGCAGAGCUGUCCGUGAGCUGCAGGUCAUCCUUCUUUUGGAGCGAGUUUGUAACCAGCAUCUUAACACACUGUGCUGUUAACUCAUAAAAGAGAAGUGUUCCAUUUCAGUCUCAAUAAAUACUUCCGUCCUUCCUC